AUGUUAAGGAUGGCGGGCGAGAGUAGAGGUGUACGUGCGCCGCUGCUAGAGAGCGGUGGAGCAGAGUAUGCACAUCCGCACAAAGCUUCGGCGCCAAGAUGCUGCUUCUGGCUCGCAAGCCACGUGAACGUGAGGAAGUGUGUCGCCGGUGUCAUGCUGCUAUCCGUCCUCACCAUAUUCUUCUAUACAUAUUACGUCACAGUACCUCUCACUAGUCUGGUGUGGCGCGACCGCGUCCCGAGACCGUUGUCGCAAUGCUCGUUGCUUGCGUCGCAGCAACAGGCGGCGCGCGACCAUCGCUCGGACGCGCGACUUCGCAUCGACGCAAAGGUGCUCGUGAUCGUCGAGUCGGCCUACUCGCGACUUGGCCGCGACAUCGCCGAACUGCUUGUCGCCAACCGUAUACGGUACAAGGUGGAAGUCGCGGGUAAGAGUCUGCCCGUACUUACCACUUUGGACAAGGGGCGUUACGGCGUGAUCGUGUUCGAAUCGCUAUCGAAAUACGCGAACAUGGAUAAGUGGAAUCGAGAACUCCUCGAUAAGUACUGCAGGGAAUAUUCUGUGGGUGUUGUUGCGUUCGCAACGCCUGGGGAAGAGACUCUAGUUGGCGCACAGCUGAAAGGAUUCCCUCUGUUCAUGCAUACUAAUUUAAGACUAAAGGACGCAACGCUAAACCCAGCAUCGCCAGUGCUCCGACUUGCCCGCGCUGGCGAGACGGCCUGGGGGGCACUUCCAGGCGAUCACUGGGCAGUGUUCAGGGCCAACAGCUCAACUUACGAACCCGUUGCCUGGGCAUUGAGGCAAAACGAAUACGAAUCCACUGAGGAGCGCAUGCCGCUAGCGACAGUGAUACAAGACCACGGCCGUUUGGACGGCGUCCAACGCGUACUGUUCGGCUCGGGCCUACAGUUCUGGCUGCACAGGAUACUGUUCCUGGAUGCUCUCAGCUACCUCAGCCACGGCCAGCUUAGCUUGAGCCUCGACAGGUGGAUACUGGUCGAUAUAGAUGAUAUCUUCGUGGGAGAAAGAGGAACUCGACUACACGAAGAAGACGUGGCAGCUAUGUUAGCGUCACAGACUGCGCUACAACGAUUAGUGCCGGGAUUCAGGUUCAACCUGGGUUACAGUGCUAAGUACUAUCAUCAUGGGACGUCACUUGAAAACCAAGGUGACGACGCCUUGUUGAGGAACCGAGAACAUUUUACUUGGUUUUGUCACAUGUGGAACCACCAGCAGCCUCACCUAUACAACAAUGUGACGCAUCUAGAAUCAGAGAUGAUGCUCAACAAACAGUUUGCCAUAGAGCAUGGGAUCCCCACCAACUCUUGCUACUCCGUGUCUCCUCAUCACUCAGGAGUUUACCCCGUACACGAACCAUUAUACGAAGCCUGGAGAAAAGUGUGGGACGUCAAAGUGACCAGCACUGAGGAAUACCCGCAUUUGCGACCCGCUAGGUUACGAAGAGGUUUUCGCCAUAGAGGUGUUAUGGUUCUCCCACGCCAAACUUGCGGACUUUUUACACACACGCUGCUACUAGAGAGGUACCCAGGCGGCCGGCAUCGUCUCGAUCGUUCUAUACAAGGAGGGGAACUCUUCCAGACAGUCAUCAAUAACCCUAUCAACGUGUUUAUGACACACAUGUCAAACUAUGGAAACGACCGACUAGCUUUAUACACCUUCGAGUCGGUUGUGAAGUUCCUGCGAUGUUGGACUAAUGUACGGCUGGCGUCUGCACCGCCGCUUGCACUGGCUGAUAAGUACUUCCAACUGAGACCCGACGAACUGAAUCCGCUGUGGGGGAAUCCAUGUGAUGACAUCAGACACCGGCGCAUUUGGUCGAAGAGCAAGUGGUGUGGGACUCUGCCUAAAGUGCUGGUAAUAGGACCGCAGAAGACGGGUAGUACUGCCCUGUAUACGUUCCUAGCCAUGCACCCUGCCCUAGCGCCGAACUUGCCAAGUCCUACCACAUAUGAAGAGCUCCAGUUCUUCAAUAACAACAACUAUCUUAAAGGACUCGAUUGGUACUUAAACUUCUUCCCACCAAACAUGAGCAACACUACGCAGAUCACGUUCGAGAAGUCGGCAACUUACUUCGAUGGCGACUUAGUACCACGACGGGCGCACGCACUCCUACCCAACGCUAAGAUCAUCGCCAUACUUAUAUCUCCGUCUAAAAGAGCGUAUUCGUGGUACCAACACAUUCGGUCGCACGGCGAUGUGGUCGCCAACAACUACACGUUCCAUACAGUCAUCACGGCGAAUGAUUCCGCGCCAAAACCCCUCCGGGAUUUAAGAAAUCGUUGCCUAAACCCAGGCAAGUACAGUCACUACCUGGAGCGCUGGCUGGCGGAGUACAGUAGCCAUCAGCUGCACAUCAUCGACGGUUCGCUACUGCGAUCCGAGCCUGCUGGCGUCAUGAACACGCUGCAGAAGUUCCUCAAGAUAUCACCGCAUAUCGACUACAAUAAGUUGCUCAAAUACGAUGCGAAAAAAGGAUUUUUCUGUCAAGCAGUAGGCAAUGACAGGACGAAAUGCCUCGGCAAAUCCAAAGGCCGGAUAUAUCCGCCGAUGGAGGAGAGGUCUGCUAAGUUCCUGAAGCGGUACUACACGCCGCACAACACGGCGCUGUCCAAGCUCCUCGUGAGGAUAGGCCGGCCUGUCCCCCAGUGGCUCAAAGAUGAACUGUCCUCCAAUGGAUAG